GAUGAAAUUGAAGCUUGCGGUUUUCCAUUUUGCCGAAUGUGUCGAGAACUGCACCGGGUCCGAACACUGAAUUGACUCCGCGAUGGGUUGCAGCCAUAGCUGCGUCUCUCAACUAGUGAUGCGCAAGGAUGAGGGCCAUACUUUUUGUCGACUACAAGUUGGCGAACGCUCAGAAGCCGAAUGUGCUGCGCCAGUAGUCAGGAGAGUCUACAACUCCUGGAAGCACGAGGUUGAUGCGACGGACCUAGAAUUGAUGGAAGCUGGACAAUCCCUGCCAGUAAAUCAGUGGGUGCACACUUGCAUGGAGCAGGAAAUGAGCAAGAGUUUGAGUGAUUAUUUGCAAGAUCCAUCAAAAUUGGAGAAUGCCAUUGCUACGAGGCGCUUGAAAUAUGAGGAGCUGCUUACAAAUGCUGAUGUCGCGAACAGCCAGGCUACCACUGCGACCAACAGUGAAGUGGUAUGCCAGGCGAUCACGGACUCGGAUCAGAGUUCCAAAACGGCAGAUUUGCUUCUGCAGCUGAAGAAAGGGCAUUCGCUCGUGGUGGCGCUUUAGAUAGCAUGAGCAGCCCCCUUGUGACCAGUUUGCAAGGAAGCAUCACUGGGCCAAGCCGUUGUUGAGCUUGACGUUGCUCCUGCUGCCAGCCCACCAGUACGGAACAAGGAACUUAAUAGUUUUGUAUAUAUAGUGUUCACAUGUUACAUGUUGUCACGGGUAGGGUAGAGUUUGACCUCCGAAUAGAUGGAUGUGCUGGCAGUGACCUAAGUGAAACUGCCGUCGUAUAGUGCAAGCGGUUCUUUUCCGCGGCAGACCUAGAAAUUUUUGGCAGAUUUUCAUGUGAAAACCAAAGAUUUGGACGAGAGAUUUCGAACGAGGCAAGGGUCUCGUCCGAAACAGGUCGUUCCGCUUUGGCAUGGUUUGUAUGUGUCCUUCUGACCAGCUGUGAAGCAGCAAGGCCAAAUUCACAACAAAUCCCCAGGUUUUAAUCUGAGCGGUGACUCCUCCUUUAUUAGGAACUGAAUGGUCUGACGUUGACCUCCAACAUGUCCUUCAC